AUUUCCAAAUCAGUCUUGUAGGCUAAAACACAAUGAAGAUCUCAAGUAUGAAAGACUGAUCGUCGUAGAAGAUGAGUAUCAACAGGAUAGCGAUAAGGACAAACAAAGGAAGUUAUAUCGGUGGAGAAAAGAUUUACGGGACUGUGUAUCUAUGGAUUUGUAGCACUGAUCCAUGCAGAGGAGUGAAACUGAAAUUCAGGGGAUAUGAAAAAUGUGAAUGGGAAUUUCGAGAAAUACAGCAAGACGUAGAAACUCAGUUACCAGUUGAGAAGAUAGGAACCAAAAAUUCAAGGAGAGAUAUGUUCAGAGCUGAACUGCGACUCAUUGAAUAUCCUGAUGGAAUACCUAUGGGCUGCUAUGCUUAUCCCUUCCAUUACACACUGCAACAAGGCUUACCAGGAUCAUUUGAGGGUGAAGGAAAUCAAGCUAAUGGGGACAAAUGGAAGGCCAAGAUUGUGUAUAAAGUGAUAGCUGAGGUUGAUAGACCUGGAUCAGGGGAAGUUCUUGAGGCUUCACAGGUCAUCACAGUUAAUGAAAAUCUUCCCCUGACAUCAGUCGAGCCUGAAGUUUUCACAGAUCGCAGAACUGUGAAAAUUUGUUGCUGUAUUCCAAAAGGGGAUGUUUUGCUUAAUGCUUGGUUGGACAAGAAGGUGUACACAUCAGGAGAAACAGCUUCCCUUCAUAUUGAUGUUAAGAACAAUUCCAAUGUUGACAUCGAUUCAUUUAUUGUUAAGCUUUUUAGAGUGGUAAACCUAAAACCUCAGGAGAAAGAUCUUUCGUCAUCUGUAAGCAGCCAAGAUAGCAGAGCAACUGUCAUGACAAGGAGUCCAUGUGUUGUAGAAAGCAUGAAGGAGAAGUCACUGGAUGGUUGUCAGGGAAAACAGCUGAGAAACAUGGAAGUACCCCUUGAACUUUGGAAAGAGUCUUCACGGGAAGAAUUUCAACCAUCUACUAGUGGUCAAAUUAUAAAGAGUACAUACCAUGUUGAUGUUGAGAUAGCCAUCAGAUGGGCAGUUCCAAUCUCUGCUCAGUUGCCAAUCACUUUGCGAUCACCACCCAGUCAAUCUUGGAAUGAAUGGGAACCACCUCCCUGGGUGUACAACUGCAGAGUCAUAAAAAUCACUGGUCCCUGUUCUGUUCCCGAGCAUUUAUUAGGUUCCAAAUUGUUUGUCAACAUUCCUGGUAUUCAGGCAGAUCCCUUCUGAGAACUUUGCAAGCACCAAUUGCAGUGCAGUGAAUUGUGUGAACCUGCUUAAUGAUGGAGAAGUGCUUCUCCUUAGGUAGUGAUAGUCAGAAUGUAGUUGGCUAGUCAGAAUGCAGUUGGCUAUGCCAAGGUCAUAAUAAUUAGAGGAAGUACUGUUGAUGUUCUGGGAGGUUUUGCUGGCCAGAAAAUGUCAGCUUUUCCCCAGAUUAAAUUGUAGUCCCCAGAUGAAGCUUUCUAGCUAUUCUUAAACUGAUAGUAAUGAAUAUUUAAACUUUAAAUGACCUGAUAUAAUAUAACUUUUUGUAAUCCACCUUAGACUGCAAAUUGUUGAACCACUAGAGAUUGCUGAGACUGUCUGGGAUAGCAUGUUUUCAUGACUGACUCAUCCCAGUAGUCUCUCAACCCUUUACACCCUAACAUCAGUAUGCAUAUUCUCCAUACUGUUCUCUAUACAGUUCCUAAGGUGCUGACAAGGAGAAUUAGUUUAACAAUCAAGAGGCUCCAUAGUU